AAGAAAAUAAACGUAUUUGUGUCUUUGGUUUCAAUGAGAACAUAUUCAUUGAUCUUUAGGACUUCAGUCACACUUUAGGGUUAGUUGUUGUUUAUAAUGGGAACAUAUAUGUUGUGAAGUACUUGUUGCACGUAGGACAUAUUUUUGUUGCAACACACAGAGCCAUCAUGGAGGCGGAACGAAUUUUACAAUAUCUGACCGAAGUUGAAGAGGCAGCAGAGGAUGUCCUUGCAAACAAACAACAGAUCGUGGAUCUGGACACCAAGCGGAAUAUGAACAGGGAAGCGUUGAAUGCUCUGAAACACGAGAUGGCGUCGGAAGAAAAAGUGAAGGUUUGCUUUGGAAACAUGUUCAUCAAAUUCCCCAAAGCGAAGACUAAAGAGAUGAUACAGAGAGACCAGCAGCAGCUAGACAAUGAGAUCAACAACCUUCGCCAAGCCCUUAAAGACAAACUCAACCGCCUCAAUGAACUGCAAGGGAAACCGGAGCUGACGGGAUAUAACCUGUCUCCUCUUUCCAACGUGGAGGUGAAGGCCAUCAACCACCUGAUAAAGAGAUGAGGUUAGGGGUGUGACCCAAUGGCGGCUGGUGGUAAUUUAUAUUGGAGGCUCUGGAACGGAAUUAAUGGAACAAUAUCUCACACACAUGGUUCCAGAAGGAACAACAGAUCAUAAACCCCACAUGGACCCUCAACAGUGGGAGACUAAGAUAGAAAUGUUUUAGUCAAAUAUUAUACAAAAAAAUAUAAUAUAUAUAGAUAUAUGCGCAACAUGUAAAGUGUUGGUCCCGUGUUUCAUGAGCUGAAAUAAAAGAUCCCAGAUAUUUUC